AGGUCACGUGAUGGGAAGGGAGGCCGUUCGGCGAUUCGUAGAGCUGGCGAUUCCAAACCAUGCGAUCUGCAAGCCGGAGAGGUCGAAGGGAGAGGAUGUGGGCAUGGGCAACUGUCUACAAAGAGUGGGCAUUCAGAUGGGCGACACUCGAGACCAUCUUGGACAGGGCCGAUUCUGGCAAAGGCAUCCAGCAACGGUUCUAAGCAGACCACUUGACAGGACAAAGCAUUCGUACUACCCUAUUUCCCAGUUGCAAUUUGUCUCCAAAUACUGA